ACUGCGCCCAAUCCUGGGCCACCGUCUUGGCCUUUCCCAUAUGGCCUGUUGGCAAGAGAGGCCAAGUCCAGAUCAUUCUUGGUAUCUUGGAUUAACUCUUUCAGCCAGUGAAGGCCGUGGUAGUUCUCGGGGCUAGUAUGAAGACAUGACCGCCAAGAUGGGGGUAAUCAACGCAACAUACGGGCAUAUGCCGCGCCAAGUUGACGAAGCGACGUAUGAGGAAUAUAAGAUGCAAAGACUUUCGCCAAAGCUUAGUAGAGUUCCGAGCUCUUGUCGUCAGCCAUUGCCUUGUACCUGGUAUCAUUGAACUUUCAAUUGAGCCUCAACCAUGACAGCAGCCAAGGUCGGCCACGUUUUUGCCAAGGGAGUGGGGAUUGACACUGGGUAUCGCGCAAGGCUUGAACCCACAGAAGCAGUAGGGCAAGCUGCAACAUCUGUUGGUUCAAUAACGCCCUACGUUGAAGAAGAGGUUACAGUCAAGGAAUGGCUAACCGACACGCUCGUCCCUUCCAAGGGCAGUGCUGCUCGCUAUUUCAAAAGCUUGUUCCCUUUUUGGUCUUGGAUCUUUCACUAUAAUCUAACAUGGCUUACUGGCGACAUCAUUGCUGGUGUUACCGUAGGAUUUGUUGUCAUUCCUCAAGGAAUGGCAUAUGCCAUCCUGGCCCAGCUGCCUCCUGAGUAUGGCCUUUACACCUCCUUUGUCGGGUUUCUACUGUACUGGGCUUUCGCAACAUCAAAAGAUAUCACUAUUGGUACAGUGGCUGUGAUGUCAACUCUUGUUGGCAACAUCAUCCUCCGAGUUCGCGAUGUACACCCAGAAUUUGCCCCGGAGCAAAUUGCAAGAGGUCUUGCGGUGAUCUCUGGCGCCUUCUUACUAUUCGUUGGUCUGGUACGCCUUGGAUGGAUUGUCGAAUUUAUUCCGCUGGUUGCCAUUCACUCAUUUAUGACCGGCGCCGCUAUCAGUAUCUUGGCUGGACAAGUACCAACGUUGCUCGGCAUCAGCGGCGUCAACACACGAGAAUCGACGUACAAAGUCAUAAUUAACACGUUGAAGAAUCUUCCGAACGCAAAGCUUGAUGCUGCAAUGGGUGUUUCAGCGCUGGCAAUGCUGUAUUUGCUCCGAUUCAUCUGCAGCUUCAUGUCGAAGAGGCAGCCCAAGAAACAGAAGCUUUGGUUCUUCCUCGGGACGCUGCGCAUGGCUUUCGUCAUUAUCCUCUACAUUCUGAUUAGUUGGGGAGCCAACCGCUAUGUCACAGACUCUAAGAAGGCCAAGUUCAAGAUUCUGGGGACUGUGCCAUCUGGAUUUCAAGUUCACGGCGCUCCGGUGAUUACCCCUGAAUUGCUUUCAGCGAUCGGCCCCGACAUUCCUAGUACGAUCAUUGUGCUGCUAAUCGAACAUAUCUCCAUCUCGAAGUCAUUUGGCCGAAUCAAUAAUUAUGUCAUCAACCCGUCUCAAGAACUGGUUGCUAUUGGUUUCACGAACAUCCUUGGACCGUUCCUCGGUGCUUAUCCAGCUACUGGAUCCUUUUCGAGAACUGCUAUCAAGUCUAAAGCCGGCGUGCGAACACCCUUGGCCGGUAUCUUUACCGCUGUUAUUGUUCUGUUGGCUCUCUAUGCGCUGACAUCCGUGUUCUUCUACAUUCCGUCAGCGUCUUUGGCUGGUAUCAUUAUCCAUGCUGUUGGAGAUUUGAUAACGCCACCGAAUGUCGUGUACAACUUCUGGCAGGUGGCUCCCAUUGAUGUUAUCAUCUUUUUUGGAGGUGUCCUUAUCACUGUGUUUACCGACAUUGAGACGGGAAUCUACUUUACCAUGUGUGCGUCUGCUGCUCUUUUGCUGUUUCGCCUCGCACUGUCUCGAGGCAGUUUUCUUGGUGAAGUCAACACCUACAGUGUCAGCAAAGAUACUCCACGAGGGAAUGGUGCCGGUAACGGGAAGAGCACCGAAGUUUUCCUGCCUUUUAACCAUUCGGACAACACCAACCCGAAUAUCAAUGUCAGGUCGCCUUACCCUGGUGUCAUUGUCUACCGCUUCAACGAUGGCUUCAACUACACCCACUCUGGUCGCCUGAUGGACGAGCUUGUUGCUUUUGCACAUCACGCCACCAGGCCUACAGAGCUUGAAGUGCAUGAAAAACUUGGUGACCGUCCUUGGAACAACCCCGGUCCACGCCGAGGACAACAAGUCAACCUCGAUGACGACCGACCAAUCCUCCGUGCAGUCAUCCUGGACUGCUCCUCGAUUAAUCAUGUCGACACGACCUCCAUCCAAGCUCUCAUCGACACCAGAAACCAACUCGACCGAUAUGCUUCCCCUGAGCCCGUUGAGUGGCAUCUCGCACAUGUGACCAAUCGCUGGUCUCGCCGGGCAUUUGCUGCAGCCGGCUUUGGCUACCCCAGCCAUGCACUCCUCGAGGCCAACCCCGGAUGGAAGCCAAUAUACACCGUCGCAGCCGUAGGCACAACAGACGAUUACGAGAAGCAAUCGACGAUUAUCCAUCCCAAGGACGUCGACUCGGAUGAUGUUGACCGCAUCUCCUCGCAUUCCGCCCAAGCGCGGUCCCAUAGCAGGAUCCCCGAUACGGUCGCUUCUGUUCACGGUGUCAACCGACCGUUCUUCCAUGCCACCAUCACCUCUGCUUUGGAAGCUGCCAUUGCGAAUGUGGCGACCAAGACGAGGCGUUGAAUUAAGUUUCGCUGUUUUGGUUUGUAGAAUCAUGUGAGGGUGUUCGGCGAAAAGGGGUUUGUUAAUGUGGAGACUGUCUCCUAGAUGUCGUCAAGAAUUGUGUGGAAUUACAGUCUUCUUUGGUGGUCGAUUAUUCUCGAUAUAUACCCAUUCAUUCAGAGUGACAAUAGAGUUGAAAUUUAAUAUUGUUAUGACUACUGUUUUGGGUCGAGACUUUGGUGCUCGUUACUCGCAUUUCGUGUACCUCACUUGUGGACAAUAUGGG